UUUGAAAUAUAGCGUGCAGAUAUGAUGGUUUUUCACCGAAGUCCAGACAAAACAAACUCCAACCAUCUCGGGGUUUUCCCACGCUUGUUUUUUUUGUGCAAUUGUUACAUCGAAACAGCAUUGGAAGAAAUAAUAAAAUGGCUUUUUUGGAUAGAAUUAAGGGUUGUUUAGUUGGAGCUAAUGUUGGUGAUUGUUUGGGCUCCUUCUUCGAAGGAGAUUUCUGGGAUUGCACUAUCGACAUACUACAAAUAAUUCACAAAAUUGGAAUUAAAAAAAUUGCUAAAAAAGAAAACGAAAGUAUACAAUUUACAGAUGACACUGCAAUGAGUAAAUCAGUAUGCUCUUCUUUGCUAACCUGCAAAGAAUUUAAUGCAGUUGAUAUGGCUACUAGAUUUACAAAAGAAUAUGAACGGGAGGGAUGGCGAGGUUAUGGUGGUGGUGUAACUGAUGUCUUUAAAUUUUGGCGGGACAAGGGAAUUAAGAAACAGAAUGUUUUCAAACAGGCGACUCAUCAGUUUGAAGGAUCUGGUUCUUACGGAAAUGGUGCUGCAAUGAGAGUUGCACCUGUUGCUGUCUUUGCAAAGUCAAAAACACAUUGUAUACAAAUUGCAAAGCAGUCAGCACAACUAACACAUAGCCAUAGAUGUGGGUAUACUGGAGCUAUUUUGCAAGCACUGGCUGUCUAUCAAGCCUUGCACAGUACAUCUGCGAUUGAUCCUUUCGCAUUUUUAAAAAAUUUAAAGGAAGAUAUAUCAGCACUGGAAGAGACGACAGGAGUACACGAAGAGGAAGUUACAGCUUUAAAAACAUCAGACGAUUCAGACACUGGAGAUUUUGAUGCUAAACUUGAAAAACUACAUGAAUGGACCUGUGGCCCAUCAUUCACUUUUACAAAACAGCUUGGUACCAUUGAAGAUUUGCUUAGAAUACAUAGCACAGAAAUAGAUACUGCUACUGUGGUAACAAAACUCGGAAAUGGCAUAUCAGCUCAAGAGGCUGUUCCAGCUGCAUUAUAUUCGUUCCUACGAAAUAUCAACAAUACUUUUGAGGAAACUUUAUAUUACACAAUAUCGCUUGGAGGAGACACAGACACAAUAGGAAGCAUGUGCGCUGCUAUUGCUGGUGCGUAUCAAGGUUUUACUAAUAUUCCACCAGAGUGGGUCAAAGCAUGCGAAGGAUGUCAGGAAAUGAUUGUUUUUGCUGACAGGUUUAAUGAGGAAACCUAAAUAAAGAAUAUAAUUUUCAGAGUAAUUUAAGGUUGCUACAUUAAUCGGGUAGUGGGAUUUUACCAAUGUCUUGGUGAUUCCAAAAUAUGAUAGUAUUUUUGAGGAGUAGUAGAGAUUUUUUAAUAAACUGACUCUCUUAUCUUUAUGUUUUGCAUAUUUUCCAGAUGAUAUCUUAAAUUAUUGUAAAAUUAUUUUAUUGAAUAUUCAUAUAUAUAUUUAAAAGACAUGUAUUGUAAACCAAAAUUUAAAAUUAUUGAAAAGUUGGUAUUGUAAGAUUUAUGUUUCUAUAAUAUAAAAAAUAUGUAACUAUAUUUUGAUCACAAAAGGUGUAUUUUUUACUAGUGAUUACCUCCAUUAUCAAAUCAAUCCAGUUUUUGUAUAUUUUUGUAUAUUUUGUUGGUUCAUGAUGUGACAUGAAUGUAGAGCAAUAAGGUUUGAAAAGUAAUGACAGAAGAUUCCCCAAAAUGUUGUAAUUCAUCAAUAUGCAAUACAAAUAUUACAUCCUAAAUUCAAAAAAACCUUUAACCUGUUUUUUUUAUUAGUUGUGUAUAUUUUGUCUUAAUAUUGUCACAUAUUUUUUUGUA